UUCUGAUGCAGACCUUCACACCAUCUUCUUAAAGGCAAAAACCUCACAAAAUCACAACCAAAUGUAUCUUUCUUCAUUUGGGCAAAUUAAUAUGGAAAACAUAAGAGAGAACAAUCCUCCAGUUUCAACUUCAAGAUCUUUUUUUGCCCCUUUACUUGUUUCAAUGAUAGGCAUAUUUUGCACAGCUUUAGCAUUAGUAAUAUACCAUUUCAUCUUAACCAAAUAUUGCCUAAGGAGAAGUACACAACAAACCAUAGACAGUACUGUUCAAAGGCCAAAUUCUGAAACCCAUAAUUUAGCCAAGGGAAUAGACCAAAAAAUCUUGGAAAAAAUCCCUAUUUUGGCUUUUAAUUCAAUCCUCAAAAAUGGCCUAUUUCGUGUAGAUCAAAAUGAGUGUUCUGUUUGUUUAGGUGAAUUGGAAGAUGAAGAAAUGGUCCGUUUGUUGCCUAAUUGCCGGCACGCUUUUCACGUGCCAUGUAUUGACCAGUGGUUCGUGGCGCAUGCAAGUUGUCCCGUCUGUCGUUCUUCAAUAACAGAGACUCAUGUCAUGUAUUUAUUGGAUCCCCUGCCAGUACUAUCAUCGCAGUUCGUGUCAGGAAUUAAUCAUGAAAAUUAUUCUUCUUCUUCUUCGUCAAAAUUACUAUCUCAUGGUAUGCUUAGACAUAGUGUAUCAUUGGUAGUACCUAAUAAAGAGAGGAGAUUAUCAUCAUCACAAAGAAGAUUAAUUCCAGGAUUAAGGAGAUCAUUAUCGUUGGAUCACUCUUUUAUAGUCAUAAAUAGAGAGAAAUUAGAAGAAGAUAUAUUAUUAAGGAGCAAAUCAAUGAAGAAUAAUUAUGAUGGGGUUUCAACAAAGUUACUGAGGUCCUUGUCACGACUUCGUAUGGGAAAGAGAAGUUUAAUUAUUCCCUACUGAUAAUUCAUUAAUUAAUUUCUCUCAGUUCUUAAUCAAAUAACUUUGUAGCUAGCGAUUUGUUCAAUAAAUUGGUGAUAUAGACUAGAAAGUGAAUUA